AUGGGCCGCUGGACGCAAUAUGAUGAGGACUCCUACCGCCUGCCCGAGGGCAUGAAACGGGUCGGAUACGACUCGGACACGGGCAGGUACCAGUUCCGGGAUCAGGACGGAGCGCUAUGGGAGGGCCCCCAGGGUGCAGAGUUUGGAGAGAUGAGACGAGUCGGGAAUGCUCCAGUCGCUGUCGACGAUCAUGCGCAAGACGAUGAUGAAGAAGCGGAGAUUGGUGUUCCGUCCACCCGCUCCGACGGUUAUGCACCGCUCGCUUCAGAUGCGAAUGGCUGGACGUACCCUCGUCACACGAGCCGCAAGGACAGCGCGUACCGGGUUAUCCUUCCUUUCUUCCUCAUUGUCGCUGCCGUUCUCCUACUCGUCUUCCGUUUGGUCCAUUCUUCUACGCCGGCUAGCCCUCCCGAAACUCUCCACUGCCCCGGCAGCAACGAGCCCUACCACGUCUCCCGCGGGGAUACCUGUUGGGCCCUCUCACAAACCAGAGGGUGCACCGUGCAAGACAUUCUCGAUGUCAACCAAGGUCUGAAUUGCGAAAAGCUGCGACCCGGCCAAGGCAUCUGCCUGCCACCCUCACAUAGUGCUUAG